UCUAUAAAAUACCAUAACAUUUCUAUAAGAAAACCUGCACUGCCCUUCAUACCUAAUUGAAUCUGCUUACUUCAUCUCUUCAUUCAAGAUGGGUUCGAUUGAUCACCAAACACCAACAAAGCCUCAUGCAGUACUAAUUCCAUACCCAGCACAAGGCCAUGUUACUCCCAUGAUGCAAUUAGCCAAACUUCUACAUUCUAAAGGCUUCCAUAUUACGUAUGUUAACACUGAGUUCAACCAUAAACGUUUGAUCCGGUCCAGAGGAUCAAACGCUCUCAAAGGCCUACCUGAUUUCCAAUUCAAAACCAUACCUGACGGAUUGCCGCCGUCUGAUCGCGAUGCCACUCAAGAUAUUCCAGCCUUGUGCGCUUCGAUAAGAAAAACUUGUUUGACUCCAUUUGUGGAGCUAAUAUCUAAGUUAAACUCAUCAGGAGAAGUGCCCCCAGUUACUACUAUAGUUUCUGAUGGAGUCAUGACAUUUGGUAUUAAAGCUGCGGAAAUACUUGGUUUACCGGUAGUUACAUUAUGGACUGCCUCAGUCUGUGGCAUGUUGGGAUAUUUGCAGUAUGCCGAACUUGUCGAAAGAGGCACAGUUCCAUUUAAAGAUGAAAAGUUUCUCACGGACGGCACUCUUGACACACCUAUCGACUGGAUCCCGGGCGUGAACCACCUACGAUUAAAGGACUUGCCGAGCUUCAUGAGAGUCACUGAUGUUAACGACAUCAUGUUUGAUUACUUGGGCACAGAAUCACAGAACUGCCUGAAAUCUUCCGCAAUCAUAUUUAACACAUAUGAUGAAUUUGAGCAUGAAGCUUUAGAGUUUAUUUCUUCUAAAUUCCCUAGAAAUAACAUGUAUACAGUAGGUCCACUUCCCUUGCUUUGUAGGCAUUUGCCGGAAACCAACCAUUUCAAGUCAUUUAGAACAAGCUUGUGGAAGGAAGACUCGGAAUGUCUAAAAUGGCUUGACAAACAAGAACCCGAUUCAAUUGUUUAUGUUAAUUACGGUAGCAUUACUGUAAUGUCGGACGAGCACCUGAAAGAAUUCGCCUGGGGUCUUGCAAAUAGCAAACACCCGUUUUUAUGGAUUCUUAGGCCUGAUGUGGUGGAGGGUACUGACGAUUCUGCGAUCUUGCCUCAAGAAUAUUUUGAAGAGAUAAAGGAUAGAGGGUUAAUAGUAAGUUGGUGUCCGCAAGACCAAGUGCUUUCUCACCCUUCAAUUGGGCUAUUUUUAACACAUUGCGGGUGGAAUUCUACGAUUGAAACUGUAAAUGGUGGUGUUCCUGUAAUUUGUUGGCCUUUCUUUGCUGAGCAGCAAACGAAUCGUCGAUAUGCAUGCACAACUUGGGGCAUGGGCAUGGAAGUCAAUGAAGAUGUGAAACGUGAUGACAUUGAGGCUCUUGUUAAGGAAAUGAUGGAAGGAGAGAGGGGAAAACAAAUGAGACAGAAGGCUCAAGAAUGGAAAAAGAUGGCUGAAGAAACUACGGAUAUUGGAGGAAAAUCUUAUAAUAAUUUUAAUAGAUUGAUUAAGGAGGCUUUUCAUCAUCAUAACUAGCUAUAAUAUAAGGGAAGCAAAGGGCGGCAUGCUGAGGAAACUAAACGAUUC